UCUCCGUGUCCAGUACAGUAGGUGGAGUCACGCGGGCGGGAUCACAUGACCGCAGCCCCUGUACAGUAGGAGCCCAAUAUGGCAGCGGCGGCCGCAGGGGGAGCUGGAGCCUGCAGCGCUCGGAGCUAGGGCCACCCACCGCUCUCCCCCUCGGGACCGGAGCAGCUGCGGCCCCAGCGCCCUGGGCGGAAGGAUCGGCCGGGAGCCUCCGAGCCAGCUGCCCCCAUCGCGUGCGACAUGAGGGAGAAGGGCCGCAGGAAGAAGGGCAGGACCUGGGCAGAGGCCGCCAGAACGGUCCUGGAGAAAUACCCCAAUACUCCUAUGAGCCAUAAAGAGAUUCUUCAAGUUAUCCAGAAAGAAGGAUUGAAAGAAAUCAGUGGGACUUCUCCUCUUGCAUGUCUGAAUGCUAUGCUGCAUACAAACUCCCGAGGGGAAGAGGGCAUUUUCUAUAAGGUCCCAGGGAGAAUGGGAGUUUACACACUGAAGAAGGAUGUUCCAGACGGAUUAAAAGAGCUGUCUGAUGGCUCAGAAGAGAGCAGUGACGCACAGUCAGACUCUCAAAGCUCACAGAACAGCAGCAGCAGCAGCAGUAGCAGUGAUGGUGGCAGUAACAAAGAAAGGAAGAAAAGCAGAUGGAAAAGGAAAGUGCCAUCUAGACUGUCACAGACAUGCUCCCCACCAUCAGGCUGCCCGUCUCCUUCCAUCCCAGCGGGUAAAGUCAUCUCGCCAUCCCAGAAGCACAGCAAGAAGGCACUCAAACAGGCCCUGAAGCAGCAGCAACAGAAGCAGCAGCAAUGCAGAGCAGGCAUGCCUGUGUCUUCUAACCAGCAUCUUCUACUGAAGACUGUGAAGGCAGCCAGUGACUCCACACCUGCUAAACCUGUUUCCUGUACAGCUUGGGAAGGAAGGCAGUCAGAUGGACAAUCAAGCAGCCCUCAGAACUCCACCUCCAGCUCCUCUCCCUCUGUUAAGGCUGAUAACUCCCUGCCAGGCUUGGGGAAGAAACCAUUCCAGAGAUCUGACAGACUCCAUGCAAGGCAGCUGAAGAGGACAAAAUGUGCUGAAAUUGAUGUGGAAACACCUGACUCCAUCUUAGUGAACACAAAUCUGCGGGCGCUGAUCAACAAGCACACGUUCUCUGUCUUACCCACAGACUGUCAGCAACGGCUGCUGCUGCUGCUCCCCGAGGUGGACAGGCAGGUUGGGGCAGACGGUUUGAUGAAGAUGAGUGGCUCAGCACUCAACAAUGAGUUCUUCACUUCAGCUGCCCAAGGCUGGAAGGAGAGGUUGUCAGAAGGUGAGUUCACCCCAGAAAUGCAACUGAGAAUACGGCAGGAGAUUGAAAAGGAGAAGAAGGUGGAGCUAUGGAAGGAACGAUUCUUUGAGAGUUACUAUGGUCAAAGUUCUGGAAUGAGUCCUGAAGAAUCCAAGAGACUGACAACAUACACCAGCACUCCUGACACACAGGCCAGGAAUCCACCAGCUGAACAGAUGAAAUGCAUGCUAGUCUCCAAGGCACCACCCAGUAAAGAAGAGAGAACUCCUCUGUCAGAGUCUAAAGCACAAGCAGUGCAGGUACCACCACCAGCAGUGAAAAAAGGAGGAGAGGAAAGAAGAGAAGAUGUGCAUCCCCAAUCAGGCAAACCUGCAGCAUCAGUAAAUUCCUCAGAUAACAAUGCACUGAAACUUAAUGAUCAAACUCUCUCUAGGCCUCUGAAGGGUACUGAGGAAUCCAUGCAAGAGAAGCCACAAGCUGCCUCUGGUCAGAAGGCAGACGAAGACAGACAGCACACUCCAUCCAAGGAUCUGUCAGUAAAGGAGAACACAAGCACCUCAGCCUUGGCCCCAAACAAACCAAAGAGCCCCAAAGCAGGCGAAGCAGUGGCGAGCAUGGCGAGUCAAGUGACUCCACAGGAGACACCUAAAAAGGAACCCCCUGCAACUGAACAAAUGGAUGUCAGUGCUGAGGGCCUCAAGAGGAAGUCAGAGAGUCAGGAGGAAGCACCAAUCAGUCCUGAAAAAAAGCCACGAGUCAUGGACAACUGCCAGUACCAGCAGUCAUUUCGGACCCAACCGCAGUCCUUUCCUGCGGCUGGGGAGGGGGCACAGGGGCGAAAGGUUCCCCCACUCAAGAUUCCUGUCUCCAGAAUCUCCCCAAUGCCAUUUCUUGCUAGCCAGGUCUCUCCCAGGGCUUACUUUCCAACCUCUGUCACCAGUCCUGGAAGAACAGGGGCCAGGACUUUGGCAGACAUCAAAGCAAAAGCCCAGCUGGCCAAGGCCCAGAGGGCAGCUGCUGCAGCAGCAGCCGCCGCCGCUGCUGCCUCCAAUGGGGGAGCCAUCCCAGGGCCUGGUCCAGGAGGUGGUGGUGGCCCAGGAGGGGGAGGAAGAGAGGAGAAGAGUAGUACAGCAACAAAUGGAACCAAUGAAACUGGAAUUAAAGGCAGUGCACUGGAACUGGCAGGAACUGGAAGCGGGGGAAGUACGAGAAGGCCUUUUCCCCAUUGUCCAGGGACCCAUUCCCAAGCGGAGACCCAGGCCACAAAGCAGACAGCACCUCUCAGUGUCUCUAGAGCACAACUACAGCAAACGCCCACAGUACAAUCCAGAACUGCAACCAGCAACAAAGGCAAAGAUUCAUCAUCACCAGCUCCACCAGCAUUAGAGAAAAUGAACAGAAUAAAAGUGAGCCCUCCAGAUGUGACUGUAAGUCGGGUUUCCAGACCAUCCGUGGUCUCAAGCCACAUAUAUACUCUCAGUAAUGACAGACAAGAGAAAGCACCUUCAGCUCCAGCAGGUCUAAGCCAGAUCUCAGGGGCGCCAUCUGUCAGGGAUGAAGCAGUCUUUGUCAAUGUAUCCAGAGCAGGUGCUGACAAAAAUGUGACUAAGUCAGCACUUACUGCCACAGAAGGGACCAGCUUAAGUAUUCCUAAGAGCAAACCUCUUUCCCCUCUCAUGUCUUCGCUGGCAGCGGUAACCUCAGAAACUCAGGCUGGUGUUAUGGUAGCAUCUACUAUCUCUACUCCACCCUGUAGCACUUUGUCAGUAGCCCCUAGCCUUAAAGUACAUAUAGCUCCCUUGAGCACAAGUGGGCCCCUCCUGAAGACAAGCUCCAGUAUUCCUGCUAACAAUCCCUUGGUCACCCAGCUGCUCCAAGGUAAAGAUGUCCCAAUGGAACUAAUCAUGCCUAAGCCUCUCACCAAAGUAGAAAUGAAAACUGUCCCACUAACUCCAAAUGAAUCAAAAGGGUCGGCAUUUUCCAGUGUCACAAGCACAGCUGGGAAUGGCUCUGGAGGGGAAAGUGGUGAGAGACAAUCAAAUUUAGCCAUGCAGCAACUUGGAAAGAUAUUUUUCCCAAGCAGGCAGUUGCCCCAUGUUCCAAGGACCUUUCCUCUCUUUUCCGGAAAGGACUCGAGGAGCACUAGUAUUGGCCAAUACCAGUGCCAAGAGGCACUCGACAAAGCCACUCAAGAGCAGAUCCUUCAGACUCUUAUCAAGCAGGUUCAGAGGCAGAAUCUGUUCUCAGUCCUGCAGCCUUCACAGCUCAGCCUCGUUCACUCAGGUUUCCAGUUAGACAACAGCUCCACCAGUCAGAGAUUCAUGCUGGGUUUCAUGGGCAGGAGGACAUCCAAGCCUGCCAUGUCUGGCCAUUACCUGCUGAAUAUUUCCACCUAUGGUCGCGGGUCAGAGAGUUUCAGGAGAGGUCUGUCCAUGAAUCCUGAGACCCGCUUGUGUCUGAAUGAUCCUUCUGAUGAUCCAAAAAUAGAAUUUGGGGAAUGUGAAGAAAUAGCUGGCAAUGGUAGCAGCAGUGAUGAAGGAGAUGCAGAUGAUGAGAGUUCUGGUGAUGAACAUGAACAUAUCAUUGUAAAAGAGGAAUCCCUGGUUUCCCAGGUCUCUGGCCAGCAUGAAAGAGAACAGGUAUCACACAGUGUAAACGCUUCUUCAGACUGCAAUGUGCCUGUUAGACAGAAUGUAAAGAAGGAGGCCGUCUUAUCUCAGCAAGCAGCAGACAGCCAGGAGAGUGUUCACCAGUUCCCAGGAGGCCAGGUGUUUGAUGGAACUGCAUUAGCAAGAGAUUUAAUUCAGGCAGCCCAGGAGCAAAUGGCACAUGCUAUGAGGGGAAAAAUGAUGCACAGCAAUCCUGAGGCUUACAGUGCUUCUGCACCAUCUUCAGACUCUGUGUUGCAGCAGCCUCCACUGCUUUCCCAUUCGCACCCUCCAAAGCUAUAUGGAAACACUGCAGCACAGCUCAUUGGUCCUAGUUAUAGUGGCACUAUAAAUGUCUCCACCUCUCCAGACGUGAACCAAGGGUCUCUCAUGACUGGGCUAUCCGAGUGCAAUCAGUUGGCCAGUAGCAUGGGGAACGUCAUGUCUUUCUCUGUGACUGUAACCACCAUUCCCGCCAGCCAGGCUAUGAACCCUGGCAACCACAAUCAGACCAUCCCAGUUCAAGCCUUUGGUGAUGACAACAACAUGGAGGAUUCGCCUUCUAAAUGCUACUGCAGGUUGAAAGCCAUGAUCAUGUGCAAGGGUUGUGGUGCCUUCUGCCAUGAUGACUGCAUUGGCCCCUCUAAGCUCUGUGUCUCCUGCCUUGUAGUACGGUAACUGAGACAUAUGGGAUGAGGAGAAGGAUGGCUUGGUUUUGUGCCUCCUUUUGAAAUUCUUUGCGGGAAGAAAGAGGAGUUUUACUGCCUUGCACAAGAGACACAUUACUGAAUCAGGAAUACAGAGUAGCGUUCUUCUUUCAUUGAAGAAAGAGCACCUUGUUGUAUAGUGAGUCCAAGCGAGCUCAACUAUGUGAAUUGUGACAAGAGUUUGCACUUAAGGAAUCAUGUAAAUAUGUCACAUUAUUUUGUUUAAAAAUUAUUUUUUCAAUCUUUUAGGAGACAAUGUUUGACUUGUCCUGCAGAUUCAUUAAUCACACCUCCUAUCAGUCUCUAUCCCAGGUUAGUCUAAGCUCUGCUCUAUAUUGAUGAGAGAACUUCCAGCCAAACUUUAGCCCCUUGGUCUUUCCAUGGCAAAAGAGAAGAACAGGAAAAAUUAAAAGAACUGGGAGAUUGAGAAGAUUGAAGCCUUUAUACUAUCUGGCACAGAACUUUGAGGUUUGGAGCAUCAGUUCAGGGUUGGCUCAGUCUUUUGUUAAUUCAGAUGUUUGGGAAGUGGGCGGCAUUAGUGUUAUAACAGCCUUUCAAAUGGUUGCCUAUCAGUUUCCCCCUGACUCUAGGUUUCUGGAAGCCAAAGUGGGUUGUGCAAUAGUGGCUGGGGUUUUUGGUUGCAUAUCAUUCCCUUUCCAACUCAUCAGUUACAAUAACAUUGUCCAUGGGAAGGCAACACCUUGGUUCUCAACUACUUCUGGGAGAUUGGAAAGGCAACUAUAGUAGUCAUAAUCUUCAAGAACUCAAGUAAUAAAAAGCAACUAGUGACUAUCAGCAACUCUAAGAGACCAUUUAAAGCAGAGAUCUCUAAUAUGAAUUGAACUACAUGUCAGAAA